GGGGGCGGGGCGUAGCAGGGCCACGUGACGCGGACAGCAUCAAUGGCGGCUGACACGGGAAAAGUCGAGGCGGUUGUUGGCCGCUUAAGUCACAAAUGCUACCGGGCCUUGCUGAGGAAGGAAAAGCGGCGGAGGAAGCGGCAGGAUCUCGCCAGGCAGCGCAAUGAGGGGGAGGAAGAGGAGGAAGAGGAGUUGGACGAAGUGCAAAAGGCGAGGGAGGAGCGGCGAAUAGAGGCUGAAGUAAUGCGUGCACACUUGGAGUGGCAGAAACGUGAGAGGCAAGCUCAGGAAGAGUUCCAGCAGCAGCAGGCGCGCGCAGAGGAGGAGCGGCGACGUCGCGAAGAGGAGGAGCGCAAGAUUAAAGAGGAGUGGGAGAAUCAGCAGGCGAAGGAAAAGGAGGAGAAGGAGAGGAAGGAGGCCGAGCGAAGGACGAGAGAGGAGGCCAUACACAAACUGCUGGAGGACUCGGACAAACAGGCGAAGGGGCGGAGUGCGGGCGAGGACUGGCGCAACCCGGACGCUCCCAGGGACUACGGCACGGAGAGGGACCGUGCACACUGCCCCUUCUUCCUCAAGACCGGUGCCUGCCGCUUCGGAGACAGGUGCUCGCGCCUGCACGUGCGCCCGUCGCGCAGCGCAACGCUGCUGCUCCGCUCGAUGUUCGCGCCGUUCGGCCUGGAUCAGGCUCGCUGCGACGACUACGACUCGGACGCCGGCCUGGAGCUUGGCGACGACGACCUCCGCCGCCAGUUCCGCGACUUCUACCGCGACGCGCUGCCCGAGCUGCGCCUCCCGGGCCGCGUGCGCCAGUUCAAGGUCAGCUGCAACUUCGAGCCGCACCUCCGAGGGAACGUCUACGUCCAGUACGAGACGGAGGAGGAGGCCAUUCAGGCCUUCCAGAUGUUCAACGGCCGCUGGUAUGCAGGCCGCCAAAUCAACUGCGAGUUCUGCCCGGUCUCACGCUGGAAAUCGGCCAUCUGUGGGCUCUACGACCGCCGCCGCUGCCCCAAGGGGAAGAGCUGCAACUUCCUGCACGUGUUCCAGAACCCAGGCAACGAGUUCUGGGAGGCGGACCACGAUCUCGAGCCGCGAUCUCCCGAAUCCCACAGAGGAGGCACCGGCAGCAGCCGCCGCGACCGCACGCCGCCUUCCGAUCGGCACGACCGGCAACGACGCCACCGCUCCCGCAGCGCGGAGAGGGGCUCCGCCGCCGCCGCUGCUUCGUCGUCGUCGUCCUCGCUGCGGAGGGGCGGCCGGACGUUGCCCAGCGCGGAGCGACCGACGAGGAGGGACGACGGGAGGUCGCGCUGGAGCGAGCGCAGGAGCGAGCGGUCGCCCGCGGAGCGACGCGCGAGGUCGAGGAGCUGGGGGCGGUCUGAGAGGUCUGAGAGGUCUGAGAGGUCGGAGAGGAUGGAGAGGUCUGAGAGGUCGGAGAGGAUGGAGAGGUCGGAGAGGAUGGAGAGGUCGGAUAGGUCACCCAGUGGUAGCAGCAGGAGGAGGUCGCCGGGGACGCGCCGGGACCAUGGCGAGAAGAGGGACGGGCGACGCUCGGGGAGCAGGGAGUCCCGGAAGGACGACAAAACGAAGAAGACAAAGAAGAAUAAGAAAGAGAAGAAUAAGAAGGCAAAGGAGGAGGAAGAUCGGCGGGAAGGAAGUCGGCACCAGCGCAGGAGUGAGGAGCCGAGCGGAGUUGAAGAGGCGUCGAUCGGCACGGAGACGCCGCGGGAGCCGGCGAAGGUCGACCCGCCAGGGACCGUCUCGGAUGACGGGCUGGUUCCGGGCGGUAGCGCACCCACCACCAACGGUUGCGGUGGAAACGGUGACCGUGGCAGCGGUAACCACGGUGAUGAGGAACAUGCGGAGGAGGGGGAGGAGGCACCACUGCAUCUGAACGGCAGCGAUGGCGUCUCGGGGGAGCGCGGAGCGGCCGAUGUGGGAGUGUUCGCGACGUCGCCAGAAGACGCCGCGGGAUGCGGGAGAUCGCAGGUCGCCGAGAAGGCGCGGCAGGAAGAGGAUGUGAGCCGGGAAGUGGAUGACACCGUGCAGUGGAUCCUUGAGAGUUGACGUCAAUCGUUGUUGAUCAGCCACUUGGCGGCAGUCAAGGCCCCACCACCCACCUUCCUCCUCACGAUUCGAUAACUCUACAAGAUUCAAAUCAAGAAGCGGUCCUUAAUUAGUUUUGCCACUUGAUGGCAUUCUCAUUCUUUGGUUCUUUCGGUAAAGUCACGUAGAUAGAAAAUAAAGUGAAUAAAAAUACGACGUUUCGAUCGCAAUACAAGCGGUCGUCAUCAGGACAAGGGGUUAUCCUCUAAAGGUAAACUGUUUAUCAAGGUUUGGAGAUGGGCGUAGCCCAAGUGUGUCAGCAGUACCAGCAGCAUGGGCAGGGCACCAAUGCCAACGCAGCAGCAAUGCCAAUGCAGCAGCAAUGCCAAUGCAGCAGCAAUGCCAAUGCAGCAAAGGGCCGCCAAGAAAUCGCUGCACCCCGCUCCACACACCACACUGCUGACGGUGGAGGUUGAUUGACAAGAAAACACAAGUCAUGACCCAAAGUGGUUGAUGACAUCUUUCCAAUGAUUGCUGAGUCUAUAACCAUCCUCUCACGUUUUAAGUCAAAAUUCAUUCUCAUUGUUUCGUUCAUCAAAUUCUCCCGUUUCCCAUUCGUGCCAGGAACCCAAUGUAACGUCAACUUAUCAUACGCGUACAGUCUUCCACAGUUUAUUAUCCCCAUUGCGCUGCCGGUGUUGCGUCACGAGAUGGCGGCAUCCGUGUGAAUCCUUCGAAGCAGAAGCAGUGCCGCCACACUUGUUCGGGGAGCUGGAUCUAGCCCUCAGAUCUCCUCUCGUGAUCUCUGGUCCACACACCCCGGGGGGGCAGCACUUUACCAUCCACCUUUGCCGCACAGAAUGUAAAAUGUUGAUCGCAUGACCAGUCAAACUGAUGUAUUUUUUUUCUUACAAAUUACAUUUUUGCCAAAUAAAGUGCAGAAUCACACGUCACGUGAUUUUUUUUGUGCGGUCAUCGGUGACGGAGCUGAGACUCUCUCAACCCGCUACUCUGGAGAAAUCCGGUUUAAUCACGACUGUACGUCGCCAACUGUGCUAAUUGACGGCCUCGAUUCCAACUUGGUCUCAGCGGUGUCAACUCUGCACUCUGACCUGUAAACCAAUCAUAUAUUCAUACACGGACAAUUGAAUCCAUACAUUGCGAACCCCUUGGUAUCAUUUUUUUAUCGAUUAAUUGCUACAUCGUUACCGAGAUUGUGAUUCGCAAAUUAUGCCAGGUAUGUAAGUCCCACACUGCAUAGAAUUUGUGGUGCAUUAAGCAGCAAGAGUGGUUUGCUGUGUUUCUGGAUCCCAUUAAGGUUGAUGUAAAGUUUGACAUCGCGAUGGAAUUCGUUUUUCAUCCACUUCUGUAGAUAAAUGCUCUGUGUGUGUGUGCAUGAUAACAUUGUAAUAUUAUUCUCGGUCAAUAACUGAAUGUGGCUGUUGUAAUUUAAAGGUUGUACAAAUUGCGUAUUAAGUUUUUUUAUUUGUGUAUUUUUUGUGAAUGCCAUGAAUGUUUUUUUUUAUAAAUGGUAAAGUUUACAAUGA